AUGAAUUUUGGAAAUGGAAGAAUACGACCUAGUGGUGGGAUAAUGGUGUGUGGAUUUUGCCUGGUGGGAGCUGUCCUACUGGGUUUAUCGUUGGCCAUGGAUAGGAUGUCGCAGUUGCGAUUUACUUGGGCGAAGCACGUUGUAUUUGCAUUUACCUGGACUGGCCUAUGGACUCUGUGGCAACAAUUCAGUCCGAUAGGCGACUUUGGCAGUUAUGUAAAUAUACUUUCUGAACAGUCUUGGAAGUUGACUUUUUCCAUGCAUACCCUUCUCUCAGCCAAAUAUCAUCCGGCUGCUUCAUACUCUCAAUUCAACCAACCAGAGCUUCUCCAAUUUGCAUCCAUCGCUGGCUUAGGCGGCAUUGAUUUCAUUCUAUCAUGGGGUGGUGCAAUUGGUGCAUAUAUUUUAUACACGUUCAUCGACUACCAAAGACGUAAUUCUUUCCUCUCACGCAUUUACUCUCCCGUGGUAGUGUACUUGGUAGUAUUAUCUCUCAUUUAUACGUAUGGAUCAAUACGACUUGCAGUUGCUGAGACGCCCUUUUAUCAACGUAGUAUGCGAACUUAUAUUCCUAAAUCAUUGACAAGGGUUGGUUGUGUGCUGGGCAAAGUUUUCAAUGGAACUACUGAUGAAACCAAUGCGUACUUGGUGGAUGAGACGCGUAAAUUAGCUGAGAGUGGUAGCCAAAUAGUAAUCUGGAGCGAAGGCGCUGCAGCGGUGUUUAAUGAAGAAGAGAAACACGCUUUGUUCAAUGCAGUUCGCGACUUGUCCGUUACCUACAACACCUACAUCGCAUUUUCGUACAUAGAUCAUGCAGAGCAAUAUAACAAAGUGACACUGGUAUCUUCAGAAGGAGAAGUUGUAAUUGACUAUAUUAAGGCACAUCCAGUUAUCGGGGUAGAAAAAGUUAGAGCUGGGCCAGAUGAAUUGAAAACUGUGGAUACCAAAUUUGGGGUUGUUGGCGUUGCUGUUUGUUUUGAUUAUAAUUUUCCCCGGUUGAUUAGGCAGGCUAGCAAAAAGAAGGUUGAUCUUAUGUUACAACCAAGCAGCACUUGGGUGAGCCCAGUUGGACCAGUACAUGCACACAUGAACUCUAUCAGAGCUAUUGAGAAUGGCUUUAUUUCCUUUCGCUGCAGUUCGGACGGUGUUAGUGGAGUCUGGAGUUCGUACGGGCAGAUUAUACACGCAGUACCAACUUCGUUCACUCCAGCUGUCAUGUUCGAUAUACCACUGAGGAAAAGAGUCAUGACUGUUUAUGGAGAGAUCGGGGAGACCUGGGGAUAUUUAUGCGUCCUGAUAACUAUUAUGUUGCUUGCAUGCUUGAUUGCUACUGAAUAUGGUUCGCAGAAAAUGAAAUAUUGGGGGUAG